AUGUCCCGCCAAGACCCGGCCACUAUGAGGAUGACAAAGCACCGGUAUCCAGAUUGUAUCUUGAAUGGCCCCGUGUGGGUGCGCCCUCUGACGCUUCGCCUGUCGUAUUGCAAUUCCAUUCCACCACGACCGGCCGCAGAAAUUCAAUCUGGUCUGCCCUACACGAUCACUCGAACCCCAUCGACAAAAAUAGCUUCGACGUGCGCGCAGAAUUGGCGAUACCUUGGAGAUCUCUCGUCACAGAUGAAAUAG